GAUUUAAGACAGAGGAGUGAGUCUGCUGCGCAGGCAGGCAGUGAUUCUGACCGAGCCCCUUCCUCCUGAACGCACUGCUCAGACCCGGCCUUACCAUGUCCUGGUUGUUGGCCAUGUGGAUUAGCCUGGGCUUCCUGUUGUUGUGCCAGGCCACACUCUACCAGACCAUCCAGCAGCACCAUGUGGCGCGUCCCGGUCGCACCGACAUUCUCACCCUGGAGGGAGGUACGUGUGAGGUGAUUGCUGCCCAUCGAUGCUGUAACAAAAAUCGUAUCGAGGAGCGUUCUCAGACAGUCAAGUGCUCCUGUUUACCGGGGAAAGUGGCCGGGACGACACGCAACAAACCUUCCUGUGUGGAUGCAUCCAUUGUAAUUGGGAAAUGGUGGUGUGAGAUGGAACCGUGUCUGGAGGGAGAGGAGUGUAAGACUCUGCCUGACAACUCUGGAUGGAUGUGCUCCUCUGGGAACAAAAUCAAGACCACAAGGAUUCAUCCCAGGACCUAACAGAGAGCUCCCAUUGCAGGGCUGCGUACCAGACUCUUCCCUUCAUCUACCCUUUCUCUUCCCACCGAACGGACUAAAACUAUUACAUCCACGGCUACUGACUGGAUUACCUGGGACCACAGAGAGGAUAUCCACCCAGAUAAAACAGCUUUGCUCGUGUGGUGCCAAGGAUUUGAAACCAGUCUAAUCCCCUGUUUGAUCAAUGAGCCCCAUGUUGGUGACUCUCCUCAUCCACACAGCUGUGGCCAGUUUCCAACCUACUCUCUCUCUGUUUCCCUCACUCUGUCUCCCCCGCAAAAAUUGAAACAGCUUAGCAGGGGUUAUUUAGAGGUUGUUAAAACAUUAUUUUAAGACAUUCGCCCCUUCUGCCUGAAGUUAAAAAGGCUGAGGAGCCUACAUGGACCUGAACAUGAGAUCCACAGAACUUACCUUGAUGUCCUUUUACUUCUGUGUGGAAGGCAUUUGUGUUGGACUCACUACUUUAGCAGGAUGGCUAUGCUGUGAAGGCACGGAGGAGAUUUAGCUGGAAAACACUGGAUAAUGAAGUAAUGAAGAAUCUUUGGGAGGCUUUAGGGUCUGCCAUCGUGGCCUCACCUUCAAACCCCUUGAUGGACAUUUGAAUUUGACUUCUUUUUGGGGGCAUUCCCAAUGUAAAUUCAUGAGCACUUCUUUUCUUUGUAUGUAAGAUCAUUUGUGUAUAUAUACAUAUACUGUAUAAAUACAUUACAAAUAUGAUGACAGAUCCAAGAAGCUGAAAAAUAUAUUUAAGACUCUAUUAGGAGCUCCGACUAUUAAUCAGCCCCUGAAUAUAAUCCAGGGGCUGUUCCCAAUACAGUUGUAUAGAACUGCUUUGCAGUGUAUGCUUGCAUUGGAAAAAGCCACAAAGAAUCAUAAAAAAAAGAAUUGGUCACUUUCGUCAUUCAGCAAUGCUGUUGGUUAAGCAAGAAAAUGCUCGUAGUUUCUGUAAAGAUGAGGAAAACACUGUAUAGAACUGCCUCACAAAAGAAAGCAGCGCUAACACCAACCCCUGAGCUUUCCACUCAGAUACAGUAGGGACGUGGAACAGCAUCAGAAAAACUUGGACCAUAAUCGGACAGUUAGUGUCUGCUUCUGCUGUGCAGAGUGGUCACGGACGACUGCUUGACUGUGUUUGUCGUGUAGAUCUCACUCUCACACACCCGAGAGAGAUGAUUUAUUCAAAAUGACAGUGAGAAAGUGUUAGUCACAAUGGAGAAACA